UGGGAUACGGCCGCGUGCGCAGUACAGACCGAGCGCACACACACACUUCCUGGAGCUCCAAAGAAGCUACUUUUUGCUCCGGGAGCAGAAAACAAAAACAACACGAGCAACAUGGAGGAGAUAUAUUAAAGUUCGUGCCUCGUGUGCAACGGACGGAAGGACGUGUGGCACAUUUUGAGUGGGAAAAAAAAGGCUAAUGUCGGCGAGCCUGUGUUCAUCCGCAGUACAGCUAAGCUAAGCUAAGCGGCCUAGCUAACUAGCUAAAGCUACAGCACGCAUUAACGCUGUCAGUACAAUUGUAUGUUAUUUAUGGUUCCAGCGCACAAAAACCUCCACCGGUUGCCUUCCACGCACCUUAUUCUGGACCUUUAACAUUACAGUCUCCUGUCACGUCCUUCCAGCUAACCCGGUACCGCUAUGCUAGCUUGUUAGCUUAUUAGCUUGUUAGCUAGCUAACUUUCCAAAGUUGCUGCAAAAUCCCUCGGUGUGUGUGAUGCACGGCCUGGCAGUACAAGACAGACACACUCCAACUUUUCACACGUCAGACGUCUUUUCUACCACCUGAUUUAAUGUUUCUCGCUUUUGGAAAACGUUUAUAUUUUCGCGCGUCGUAUUUUUAAUGUUUGGUGUUAGCUAGCUAGCUGGCUAGCGAUGUCUGUCCCGUCCUCAGAAAUGAUCGAGACGCCUCCUGGAUAUCCUUUCGAAGACAUUGAAUAUGCAGACAUUGAAGUCGAAGAGGUGGUGGGCCGAGGAGCUUUCGGAGUCGUUUGCAAGGCCAAGUGGAAAGGCAAAGACGUGGCCAUUAAGACCAUAGAGAGCGAAUCAGAAAGGAAUGCGUUUUCUGUAGAGCUUCGUCAGUUGUCACGCGUGAAUCACUCCAACAUCGUGAAGCUGUACGGCUCCUGUAGGAAUCCUGUGUGUCUGGUAAUGGAAUAUGCAGAAGGGGGCUCUCUGUACAACGUGCUGCACGGAGCAGAGCCGCUACCCCACUACACGGCGUCCCACGCCAUGAGCUGGUGUAUGCAGUGUGCUCAGGGGGUCUCGUAUCUCCACGGCAUGAAACCAAAGGCGCUCAUUCACAGGGACCUCAAGCCUCCCAAUCUGCUCCUGGUCGCCGGAGGAACCGUUCUCAAGAUCUGUGACUUCGGGACGGCGUGCGACAUCCAGACGCACAUGACCAACAACAAAGGCAGCGCGGCCUGGAUGGCUCCCGAGGUGUUCGAAGGCAGUAACUACAGUGAGAAGUGUGACGUGUUCAGUUGGGGCAUUAUCCUGUGGGAGGUGAUCACACGCAGGAAGCCUUUUGAUGAGAUCGGAGGACCAGCCUUCAGGAUCAUGUGGGCUGUGCACCGCGGAACUCGUCCUCCUCUCAUUAAGAACCUGCCCAAGCCCAUAGAAAGUCUGAUGACACGUUGUUGGUCGAAAGAUCCCUCACAGCGGCCUUCCAUGGAGGAGAUCGUCAAAAUCAUGACCCACCUGAUGAAGUAUUUCCCAGGAUCAGAAGAGCCUCUGCAGUACCCAUAUCAAUAUUCAGAUGAAGGCCAGAGUAAUUCAGCCACCAGCACAGGCUCCUUCCCCAGCAUGAGCAACAGGAACGACGGCUGCAUGGAUCACGGCACGCCGGCCGGCACCAACGACACCAUCAAGACCAUAGAGAAGUUUGCACCUUUUAAACCAAAGGCUGAUCCACUGAGGCCUGGGCUUCCUUUGUCCAGAGGGGGCAGCGUUGAGAGCCUGUCAGGAAGAACACACUGCCUGCCCUCGUCCGACAGCAAGCGAAUGAGCGCCGACCUCUCAGAGCUCAGACCAGAUGAUAAACUGCCCUUCUCUCCUGCGAGGCCGCAGUAUAAACGAGGCCACCGCAAAACAGCGUCACACGGCACCAUUCUGGACAUUCCAGAGAUCGUCGUCACAGGCACCUGCGACCUUAGACGGAGGUCUGUACAGGAUCUUCCCUCCUUCCCAGGAGACAGCGGACAGGACAGCAGGAACAGCAGCAGGUCGUCCAGUCCCAGUAUACGGAUCACACCUGACAAGAACAGAUGCUACAGUUUCUCUCCCGAUGACCCCACAGACACUAACGGCUCUGAUAACUCCAUCCCCAUGGCUUAUCUGACUCUGGAUCACCAGUUACAGCCUCUCGCUCCGUGUCCGAACUCCAAGGAGUCGAUGGCGGUGUUCGAGCAGCACUGUAAGAUGGCACAGGAGUACCUGAAAGUGCAGACAGAGAUCGCUCUGCUCAUCCAGAGGAAGAACGAGCUGAUAGCCGAGCUGGAUCAGGACGAGAAAGACCAGCAGAAUACGUCUCGCCUGGUCCAGGAGCAAAAGAAGCUUCUAGAGGAGAACAAGAGCUUGUCCACUUACUUUCAGCAGUGCAAGAAGCAGCUGGAUCUCAUCCGUGCACAGCAACAGAAAAGACAGGGCACAUCGUGAUUCCCUUUCCCUGAGGAAAAAAAACAAAAACAAGCGCUACACACACACACACACACACACACACACACACACACACACACACACACAGACUGGCUCACUUACACCACAUGUAUUUUAUUAUUUUUUUUAAAGCCCCAGUUAAUCAUGAUUUCCUCUUGUAGCGGCCUGUAUUUCGACGCCACGUCGCCGUGGCUAAGACUGUGACUGUACACGAGCAUGUUGCCUCCACAACAGGAUCUAAAGCAUUUGAAAGUUCUCUUUUAUUGAAAAAAGAAGAAAAAAGAGCAGUGCGCUUGUAUACACACUAAUGGUCCCAAUGAGCCAAAGGUUAGCUAUGUUUUUGUUUUUUUUUGUUUUUUUUUUUAAAUAGUGACGCAUGUAGAUUCACGGCCUUAAGGAGGACCACAACUGUGUAACGUUCGCAGGGAUGUCGGUUCGAUUCCCCUUCCUCACCGAUCUCACGGUCCCACACCCAGAGGAUCAGGCGACGCCCCUCCUCCGGCUUUCGAUCCUCGAGAACGUGAACGCGCAGCAGUUUUACGUCACGUGGAUUCUAAACAAAUUUUAUCGUCUUUAUAUUUACACAACAUAUAUAUCGUACUUUCAUCUUUUCAUUUUUUAACCUUAUGCAAAAACUAUCUAUCUAUUUACGACCUUUUAGAUCUGGAGGUCGUUUUAACGUUAAAAAAAAGGGGGAUGUAUUUUUGCGUAUGCCUUUGCACGUCGUACCUUGAACCCAGCGCCUGUGACGAAACAAGGGAGCCUCAUGGAGCGGGGGGGGUAAAAAAAAACGUGAUGCAAUAUUUUAAACAGGUUUGUUUUUUCCUUCCCUGUCAAAGCCAGAUUAUCCCGGCUCAGCAGCGUAGGUUAGUUUAUUGUGAUAACCAAGCCAGCUAGUCACGAUUACAGUGUUCUUUUCUCUUUUUCUUCUUCUUCUUUUCCUCUUAAUUUAUCAUCCGCUGGCGUCGUACGGUGACUUGCACACAGGUGUCGAUGGGGUGGAAGCUGUAGACUCACGCAGGCUCGCUCCUGCCCGAUCCGUUUCCUUUUUAUUUUUUUUUUCUCGGAGUAUUUUUUAGUUCACAUGUUGCCUUAGAGCUUUAAUCGCUUGCAUUUACUUGCGUUUUAAUAAGGCGAACUCGUCAAGCGUAAUUAACAGUAUAGCCAAUUGGUGUGCGUGAGUGGAAUUGUUAUUUUUCCUUCUUCUUCUUUAUCAUUUAUGCAAAGAAUCAGUAUAAGAAUCAGGAAUCUAACACGAGUCAGAUUUCCUUUUGUUUUUUUAAUUCGGUCGAAGGCUCGUCGUCGGUAUGCUGCAGAAAUCACCGUCCGUCAUAUCCGUCACCCGCGACGCCAUCGCGUUCAUCCGCGCGAGACUCCCCCCUUUAGUCGUAUUUUAAAUAUACAAAAAAAACAAAAAAAAAGAGCGUGUCCAUUCAUAUCAGGUGACGUCUCUCGUCCUACUUCCCUCUGGAAUCUGUCGCCUCUCUGAAUUUUUAUUUCUUUUUUUUUUUUUUUUUUUUUUUUUUUUUUUUAAAUUUGCACAGUCAGCUUGUUCUCGAUGUCACCCGUGUUAUCGUUUCACUCAAGUUUUCUGAGCACGGAAAUAAUUCACCGUCUUCAUUUGUCUAUUUUUUUUUUCCCUGAUUUGUUUAGUUUCUUCCUGGUCUUGCAUUUGUAUGAUGAUUGUCUGUACUAUGCGCUGUACAUAAGACGACCGAUUUCUUAAGCUACAGGGAGCGGGACUGCACAGAGGAGUAUCGCAUCUUCAAAUAAAACGGACAGGUGGACAUUG